UCUACUUAAGAAUUUGACAGAAAUAUAAAGCAAUGUAUAGCUAGAAUUUUCUUCUCGAGUUUGGCUGGGUGGGAGGCAAAGGUAUUUGUUGCAAUGUCGGUCUGACCAGAAGAUCAAGUGUAUGCAAGCGAGUUCUAAGUGUGGGGACAAAAGAGGCUUGAACGCUAAGUUGCUGAGCUAGAGGCAGAGGAGGGCGGGCACCCAGAGGAAAGAGACACUCGGGGUUGGGGAAGUGUUAGGAGGGGAGGGUUAGCGUGGGAGGGAGGGAGACUGGCUGUCUGAGCGACACACAGAGGGAUAAAGAAAGGGUGAGAGAAGGGAGAGGGAAACUGAAAGGGAAGGCUAGUGGAGAGAAGGCGAGUGGAAGCGGGAGGCUUUAAAAAAGAGAAGAGAGUGGGAGGGGAGGAGGGAGAGAAUCAAGGAGAGGAGGGUCACACAAUGACCGUGGAGGAUGGGGUUUCAAUAUUCCAGACACUUCUAGGAUUGGAGACUAUUUGCUGGUGGGAAGACUCCGGCUCCGGCAGCCAGUUGGGCGGCGGCAAAGUAAAAUGAACAGCGAGAGACAGGCGUUCCGGCCACCUCUCUGUCGCCCCGAGACCUCGGAGCUGUUCUCCGGCCAACUCGUUUCCCACCUAGAGUUCCUGAAAGCGCUGGACCCAGGGAGCCCAAGGAGCCCUAGAAGCUGUUCCUCCGAGAUGCCUUCGCCUGAGCAGUAAGAACUUCCUGCUUGAGCCCCUGCAUCCCCUCCCCCGAAACCCCCCGGAGAAAGGGGCUGCGACCCCAGGGGGAGGGGCCAGGGAUCCUAGCGCAGCUCGUUCUCCCUCCCCCUCCCCUGCCGGGCGCGCAGGCAUGGAUGUGCUCAGCCCCGGACUGGGCAACAACACUACGUCCCCCGAAGGUCCCUUCGGGACAAACGGCAAUGCUACCGGCAUCUCCGACGUGACCUUCAGCUACCAAGUGGUCACCUCUCUGCUGCUGGGCACCCUGAUCUUCAGUGCGGUGCUGGGAAACGCGUGCGUAGUUGCUGCCAUUGCUCUGGAGCGCUCCCUGCAGAACGUGGCCAACUAUCUGAUCGGCUCGCUGGCAGUCACCGACCUCAUGGUGUCGGUGCUAGUGCUGCCCAUGGCCGCGCUGUACCAGGUGCUCAACAAGUGGACGCUGGGACAGGUCACCUGUGACCUGUUCAUCUCCCUCGAUGUGUUGUGUUGCACCUCGUCCAUCCUGCACCUGUGCGCCAUCGCGCUGGACAGGUACUGGGCCAUCACGGACCCCAUCGACUACCUGAACAAGAGGACGCCCCGGCGUGCCGCGGCGCUCAUCUCGCUCACUUGGCUCAUUGGCUUCCUGAUCUCCAUCCCGCCCAUGCUGGGCUGGCGCACCCCCGAAGACCGCUCGAACCCCGACGCGUGUACCAUCAGCAAGGACCAUGGCUACACCAUCUACUCCACUUUCGGCGCUUUCUACAUCCCGCUGCUACUCAUGCUCGUUCUCUAUGGGCGCAUUUUUCGAGCCGCGCGCUUUCGCAUCCGCAAGACAGUCAAGAAGGUGGAGAAGAAGAGAGCGGACACCCACUUUGGGGCGUCGCCAGCCCUGCAGCCCAGGAAGAGCAUAAAUGGAGAGCCGGAGAGCAGAGGAUGGGGGCAGGGCGUGGAGAAUAAGGCAGGGGGCAGUCAGUGCGCCAAUGGAGCUGUGCGGCAGGGCGAGGAUGGCGCAGCCCUGGAGGUGAUCGAAGUGCACCUGAUGGGCCACUCCAAAGAGCACCUGCCGUUGCCCUGUGAGGCGGGUUCUGUCCCCUGUGCUCCCACCUCCUUAGAGAACAAAAAUGAGCGCAACGCCGAGGCAAAGCGCAAAAUGGCUCUGGCCCGCGAGAGGAAGACGGUGAAGACACUGGGCAUCAUUAUGGGCACCUUCAUCCUCUGCUGGCUGCCCUUCUUCAUCGUGGCCCUGGUCCUGCCCUUCUGCGAGAACAGCUGCCACAUGCCCAGUCUGUUGGGCGCCAUAAUAAACUGGCUCGGCUACGCCAACUCGCUGCUCAACCCUGUCAUUUACGCCUACUUCAACAAGGACUUCCAAAACGCCUUUAAGAAGAUCAUCAAGUGCAAGUUCUGCCGCGGAUGAUGAUGGAGGAGCAGCCGCCCAGUAGGCCCGCCCCAUCCUCGUUGCCUUCCGCAACCCUCUGGAAUCAAUACUUAAGAUAACUUGCUGCUUUUUCUCUUUCUCAGUGGCUCCGCCUGCGG